AAGUUAAAAUUAUUUUCGAAUGAUGCUAAGCGUCAUUUCAUUUUUUCAGAAUGUCUCCUGAGUUCUUCAUAUACAUAUUUCUUGGGUUAAUUGAACUUUGCGUAUCAACAUUUAUAUUGUCAACAGUAUUGAAUAAUUUUCGAUUGCGAGAAAAAUAUUCAAUAUUUGUAGUGAAGUUUAUUGUCGACAUUGUGGUGGCCUGUCUUCUUUUACUUCUUGCAUAUUUCGAUCGAAAUACAGAUGAACGAAUAUGUGGAGCAACGUUGGUUAUUUCAACAUCUAUACCAUUACUUCAGGUCCUUCUGCUAUUAUGCGAAGUAAUCGAUUGGUCAUUAGCUGCAUUCUCACCAGUAUACUUUCAUCAUUCAAGUUUAUUAUCACGGAUAAUGCCUUUUAUUGUUGGAGCCGUCUGUUAUGCAAUCAUUUUGACAGCGUUACUGGUAAUUGAUGCAACAAGUUUGACAGUAUCCUGUAUAACAUCACCUGAAGCAUCUGCAGUUACUUCUGCAUAUGAUUUCUCACUUGCAAUUACAACAGUUUGUGUAGUUGCACUGGCUCUUUUAUUGCACAGAAAUUUGAAUAGUGCUUACUUUCGUCCAGUGAUGUUACACUUUAUAGCAACUCUGUUUCUGGAAGAAGUACCUCUGCUCACGUGUAUUUUGCUCAAAUAUUCAAAUAGUAAAUCGGCAAUUCUAGCAGCCGACAUAACCAAUUGGUUGGUUUGUAUUCAUUCACUUCUACAUUCUGCAUAUUUUGUAUACAAUCAUCAAGACUAUCGAGAAGCUGUACGAAAUCUAUUUAGAAAAUGGAAAAUUGUGAAAAGUGGAUCUUUGUGAAUUUGUUAAAUUAUAGAAAUUUUGUACUCGAAUAUGGUUUCAAUUUUUUUUUCUUUAUGAUCUCAGGGUAAUCGGGUCAUUUGACAUCAAUUUAUACAUAUGUAUAUGUUUCCCUUUUCUAUUUAAUGAAAGUAUUUUGAACAUCA